AUGAAAAUCUUAAGCUGGAACGCGCGGGGAUUGGGGAACCCGAGAGCGUUAAGACAUUUCAGAUUGCUUGUCUCUCAGCAAUCUCCCCAUGUUCUCUUUCUUAUAGAGACUAGACUUAACAACAACUCUUUACUUCGCAUUCGUCAAUCUUUGAAUUUCAGUCACGGUUCGGAAGCUCCUCGAAUAGGCUUAAGUGGUGGACUCAUGCUCUUAUGGAAAGAUGAAAUUGAUGUGAAUCUUAAUACCUUUGGCUCUUAUUUUUUUGACUGCUUCAUGACUACUUUAAUUGGACAACACUUUCACUUCACAACCUUUUAUGGCUCACCUGUGGUACAAAACAGAUCGGACUCAUGGACAUUACUCCGUAGACUUGCAGAUGUAGCUCCUUUACAGCCUUGGUUGAUAAUUGGUUACUUUAAUGAGAUUUUGUCAAACCGAAACAAAUCAAGGGGUACUUUAUGCAGUAAAUCUCAAAUGAAUGCCUUCAGGAGUGCUCUUGAUCAUUGUCAUCUGACUGACCCACCUUUUCAAGGAGAUUUCUACACUUGGGCUAAAAGUAGAAUAGCAGUAAACACUCUAAAACAGCGCCUUGAUUGGUGUUUUGUCAAUGAUGCAUGGACUUCGUAUUAUAGCCAACCUAAAGUGUGUCACCUGGAAUAUUUUCAUUCUGAUCAUCAGGCUAUAUCUGUUGAUUUGUCCAAUGAUUCGGCCUCCCAGCAACAUAAAAGACACAACCGAUUUCGUUUCGAAAAGUUGUGGUUAUCUGAUCCAGACAGUAAAACGAUAAUAUCAAAUUGUUGGCAGUCUGACAACUCUAUCGACCCUGUUCAGAGUGUACUCAACAACCUAGAUUCAUGUGCUCAAUCCUUACAGUCUUGGCAUAUUAAAAAAUAUGGUCGUUUGAAGCAUAACGUUGCAGCAGCUCAAAAGAAGGUCGACACUUUAAACAAUUCUAAUCCCCUGACUACUGAGACAGCAGUUGCCCUUAAACAUAAUGAAACAAUUCUUGAUGACUUGCUUGAACAAGAGGAUAUCUAUUGGCAACAACGCUCUCGCCUUGAUUGGAUGCAAUUGGGAGACAAAAAUACAAAAUAUUUUCACUCUAAAGCAUCGGCAAGGAAGUCCAACAACAAAAUUGCUUCACUCAUUACUGACCAUGGAACAAAAGUCACUUCCAAAUCAGACAUGAGCAUGGUAAUUGAAUUUCUCUGA